AUGUUGUCAAAGAACAACCAACAACCAAGAGAGAUCAUAGAAAUUGACGUAGAUUCAACAAAAGGAAUCACGGAUAUCGAUAACACCAACGUUGACCUGAAAACAGAAUUCAUGGAAAUCCUAGAUCCAACAAACGAUAACACCAAAGUAACUAUAUCAAAAAGAAUCUUAGAAAUUGAAAAAUUCAACUUUGAAAUAAAAAAGGCAAACAAUGUAGUCUACGGAGUUCCAAGAUCAUUUCAAGAGAUAACCGAUACGUUUGAAAGUUUCAGAAAAAAACAAGCUGCGAAGUCUCAGGAACCUAUUCAAGAAAUCAUGGAUCCUGAAAUAGAAAUGACGAAAUCAAA